CCAUAAAAAGUUACUCCGUAAAAACUACGGGUGAAAGUGCCUAUCCUACAGUGAGCCGCCCGGAGCUCAUCCCAGCCGCAGUGUAAUCAUCACAGGGGCUCAGAGAGGAAGGAAUGGAGUGGCGGCUGAUUGCUGUUUCGUUGGCCGUCAUUUGGGCGGCUUCUCUUUGCAAUUUACUCCUUGAAUCUGGGCAUGGAUCAAAGGCUAGGUUUUUGGAUGAUGGCGGUAGAGUUUCCAAAAAAAGAAACGUCUUGUUGGUUAUUGCACAUCCUGACGAUGAAUCUAUGUUCUUUACUCCAACCAUCAAUCACCUUACUUCAAAGGGGCACAAUUUGCACAUAUUAUGCAUAUCAACAGGCAAUGCAGAUGGCAUGGGGGAUGCAAGAAAACAAGAACUAUACCUGGCUGCCGCAACCCUUAAGGGGCAUUCAUCUAAAGUUGCUUUGGCGUCAUUAAUGCCAUCAGUUCAAAGUUACCAUACUUAAACAUGUAUCUCCACAUCAAGUAAAGGUCUUGGAUCAUCCAGAUUUGCAGGAUGGUUUUGGCAAAGUUUGGAACUCUGAUUUGUUGGCAAAAAUCAUGAAAGAAGAAGCGGACAACAAUUCAAUUGACGUGGUCAUUAGUUUUGACAAUUAUGGUGUUUCUGGUCAUUGUAAUCACUGUGAUGUGCAUCGAGGUGUACGAAAACUUUUACAGGAUGCUUCAUACAAAAAUCUUGAAGCAUGGGAGCUUGUCAGUUCUAAUAUAUUCCGCAAAUACAUCGGACCAAUUGAUGUUUGGCUUUCUCUCUUAUAUGUCAAGCUCCAUCCCAAUGGGAAAGUUCAUUUCUUGAUAAAUGGUCAUCCUCGCAGAAGCUUUGCUGCAAUGGCCCAACACCUGAGCCAAUGGGUCUGGUUUCGUAAGCUGUUUGUAUCCUUCUCUAGCUAUACCUAUGUCAACUCUCUAAAGAAGAUCGACGUUUAGGCGAUAUUCCUUGCAUUGCAGAUACCUAUUUUCUUAAGGUUGUUUGAAGCGGAGGAGGCAUUGGAAUAGGCGGGCUGUAACACUCCCGCGUGAUGCUGCUGUGUCUGAUGAGAAGAAGUGUGGAGGGCGUUUGCCAUUGCGAAUCUGCUGUUCAUCAGCUGUGCUUGCACCAUUGCUAGCUCUGCUUGAAGAUUUGCCACCUGCAUUCAUUCACCCAGCCAACAUAUUUGGGUUAACAAAACAGUAAUUCUUGCUCUUCAUUCUAUUUUAUGGUUCCCAAUAAUAGGUGGUUUUUCAUGUUUAGUGUCUACUUGUCAAAUAUUAAAAGCCUAUUUCCCAUUUCUUUGGUUCCUUUUCCCAGUGAGUCUUUUGUCACUCAUGUUGUUAUCUACCUAUUCAAUACAGGGUUAAAAAGGUA